CGACAUUAUCACUGGUCUUUCUCAUCCACGGAAACCAGUCUAAUACGGGGAAUAUUAUACACUCACCAUGUCGUCUAUGCGCAACGCCGUUCAGCGGCGGAACCACCGCGAACGUGGUCAGCUCGAAGGCCGCGAGAAAUGGGGUAUCCUUGAGAAGCACAAGGACUACUCCCUCCGUGCCAAAGACUACAACACCAAGAAAGAGAAAAUCAAGCGUCUCCAAGAAAAGGUCCGCGACCGCAACCCCGAUGAAUUCGCCUUCGGUAUGAUGUCGGGCAACUCCGCCCGGCAGGGAAAGCACGGUUCCGGAGCGAGAGAUUCCGCGGCCGCCCGAGGCCUCAGUCACGAUGCGAUCAAGCUGCUCAAGACCCAGGAUGCGGGGUAUUUGCGGACAGUGGGGGAGCGGAUUAGACGGCAGAUGGAGAAGUUGGAGGAGGAGGUGCGGUUGCAGGAUGGGAUGAAGGAGAUUCUAGACGGAGAAGGAGAGAAGAAGGGGGAGCAGGAUGAUAUGGAUGAGGAUGACAUGGACUUUGACUUUGACUUUGGGGACGAGGCCGACAAGAAGUCGAAGAAGCUGGUGUUUGCGGAUGAUCGCAGGGAGCAGAGGACGUUGAAGAAGAAGAAGCUGCGGGAGGAGGAAGAAAAGAAUGACGAUUCAGACGGGGAGGAUGAUUCUUUUGGGAAGGUGCAGGCGCAGAAGAAGUCGCGCAAGCAGAUGGAGGCCGAGCGACAGGCCCUCGUCGAGGCGCGCCGAGCCCGGAAGAUGAAGAAACGGGCUGCUGAGUCGCGCGCCAACAAGCUCAAGUCGCUGCAGAAGCAGUACAAGGAUAUCACGGCCGCAGAGCGCGAGCUGGAUUGGCAGCGCGGACGCAUGGAUAACGUGGUCGGAGGCACAAAUAAGAACGGGGUCAAGUGGAAGAUCCGGGAGCGGAAGAGGUGAUGUGUUGCGUCUUUACUUGUGUUUACUGCCUCAAUCACUGGCUAUGAUUGAUGAUUCGCGGUUCGUUGCAUCGGGUUGGCUUGCGGUUGGGAAAAGUUCCAGUGUAUUCUACUAGAGUGGCGUUCGAGAUACCAUUUAAUGUACAGUGAUCAUCAAGAC